AUGGGUGUAACUGCGAUCGCAUCCGGUAUAGCAGGAGUUACAGCCGUGAUCACUGGUCUGUGCAUUUUCACAGUCGGGUAUCUCAUCAACGACAUCAACAAUUUCUAUGACGAUGCCAUCGAGGAACUUGCUGACUUCAAAGAUUUGGCCAACUCGGCAUGGCACGAGAUGCGACCUUCUCCACACGACCGUUUCCGUCAACCCCGUGCUAUUCGCGAACGUCGCCAGUGGCCCGCACACUGCAACUGUGGCCCACCAGCUCUGAACUGCCCCGCCGGACCACCUGGUCCGCCUGGUAUGCCAGGCGAACCUGGCGAAGAUGGUGCCCCAGGUAAACCAGGAAAGAGGGGUAAUGAUGGAAUAUCCAUCUCUGGAGGCGGCGGAGCGGGCGGAUGCAUCAAAUGUCCACAAGGACCACCUGGAUCUCCAGGUCCAGACGGGCCACCCGGACCACCCGGACCAGAUGGAGCUCCAGGAGCAGGUGCGGGAGCAGCGGUUGCAGGCCUGCCAGGACCACCAGGGCCUCCUGGAGACGCUGGAGCACCCGGAGCUCCAGGUGAACCUGGAGCGCCAGGACAGCCUGGUACUCCGGGAGAAAAAUCUGUCGGUCUGCCAGGACCUCCUGGACCUCCCGGACCCGAGGGUCCUCCUGGACCUCCUGGAGCUCCCGGAGGCGCUGCAGAAGCCGGAGCUGUUGGACCACCAGGUCCUGCUGGACCACCGGGAAUGCCAGGUCCACCUGGCGCCGACGGAGCACCCGGUAUGCCAGGAAUGCCGGGACAACCGGGAGGCGAUGGAGCUUAUUGUCCAUGUCCUCCGAGGAGCACUGUACUUGCGUUGAAGAAAACAGUAGCAGUGGACAGUUUCUCCGCUACCGAUAGCAAUGCCGUGAAGAAACGUGUUGCUAGAAGAAUGAAUCCCCAUCUUAACAAGGCAGCCGGCUUAAGCUGA